AUGGAGAAGCGGGUCACAUUUACUGCCGGCCGCGUCAAACAAAAACAUUCCGCACCAACACCAAAACCAACACCAUCGCCAGAACUCGCUUCUGGGCCUGGAACCUAUAUCAUCCAGUUCCCCAAGGAACAAAUAUAUCGCGUUCCACCCCCGGAGAAUGCUUUAAUCGUUGAACAACAUCGUGAGCAAAAACCUACCAAAAAAGCUACUUUUCCUCCUUGGCUGUUGAAGCUCCUGGUAUUCGUCUUAGUUUUCAUUUUAAUCUUAGGCAUCAUUGUAGCUUUAUUCUACGCCAUUGUGCAACCAAGGAGCCCAAAAUUCUAUGUCCAUCGUGUGAGUGUUAAGAAGCCAGGAUCUCAGCAUGGAGAUGCUCGUAGUCGUCGUCAUCAUCGACACCAUCACCAAUUCCCACAAUAUGUCAUUACCUUGAAGGCUGAAAAUCCGAAUAAACGCAUGGAUAUUUUCUACUUAAAAGGUGGUCAUGCCACGCUCUCUUUUAGAAAAUCACAGAUUGCUACCGGUAAACCUCCGACCUUCUACCUACGGACCAAGAAUUCUACCACAUUCCGACUAGUCCUUACUGGGUCAGAUGUCGUUUUGCCUUAUGAAAUAAAAAAAAACAUGAAUGAUCAUGAAUCCAAGAAGGAAAAGAGGAAGAAGAAGAAGAAUAAGAAGCAGUCAGGCAUCGAAUUGUCUCUAUCAAUCAACCUUCCCAAGAAGAAAGAAAUCGGGUUGCUGCAAUCAUGGACCACGAAUGAAGCUGUUGCAUAUGCUAUAGGAAGUUUUGUUGUUCUGAUACUGUAG